UGGUGACCAGAGAGGUCUGAAGCCAGCCUACCCGGGUGAAAAGACACCGUGAACGUCGAAACCUUGAGGAAUUCAUAUGAAUUAACAACGCCGUUGUAUAGAUCAAAUGUUUAGGCUUCAAUUAAGACAUAAAUCGCCAUAAUCAGUUUGAUAGUUUUUGAAUGGCAGCUUUUCAAACAUAGUCUGUCCAGAGUCCUGUCAUUUUCUGGAGCUAAUGUGUACAUUUUGUGUACAUUUUUGUGUACAUUUUAUGACUUCGCUUUACUUGUGUUGGGAGGGACAGUUUCAGAAGGACUGACUCAUCAGGUGCAUGAGAGGACACGUUACAGUGUUCUUAUCGUGAUAUGUUAGAGUAAGGAGGAAUAUAUCUCAUAUUUUUUACAGGUAACAGUGAAACUGAAACAUCAAAAUGCCGAGUACAAAUAUUGCAUUCGAUGAGCAGGACGUCAUCAAAAUGGUUCUGGAGUUUCUCCAGAACCGAGACUUGAAUAUAAGUUUGAUGUCUGUUGAACGGGAGACAGGAUUAAUCAACGGAUUAUAUUCAGAUGAUAUGUUAUUCAUGCGACAGCUGAUUUUGGACGGACAGUGGGAUGACGUUGUCGAUUUCAUUCACCCGUUGCAGGGGUUAGAACAAUUUCAAAUGAAGCAAUUUCUCUAUAUUGUACACAAACACAAAUAUCUUGAACUGUUGUGCAUCAAAGCUGAGGGCCCCUUACCUAAUAAUGAUUUCACGGUAGAAGAAGUGGUCAAGUGUCUGAAUGCCCUGGAGCAAUACUGCCCCAAUAAGGAAGAGUACAGCACACUGUGUUUAUUACUGACUUUACCAAAGUUAUCAGAUCAUGCGCAAUAUCAGAAUUGGAAUCCUAGCAAUGCCAGGGUGGAGUGUUUCAUAAAUGCUUACAAACUGACGGAGAAGUUUCUACCUUUUGACAGACGAUUGGAUCAACCAACUGGAGUUGCAAAACAGGAUCGAUUAGUUCAGCUUUUAAUCAAAGGUUUGAUGUACGAGGCGUGUGUCGACUUCUGCCAACACAAGGCAACGAGUACAGAAUCGGACUGUAAAGAGAUCAAAAUACCACCAUUGUUGAAUGGUGCUCCAGUCAGCGAUGCGGAUUUGAGUCUUCUCUCGUGGUUAGAAAGCAUUCCACAUGAUGCAUUUUCAUGUCCAUUCGAGCAAAAGAAUCUCCACGUUGAUGCCAAGGCAUUUGUGAAACCGUGUCUUGAGGCGUCGUGGUCUGAACAAAUCCUCGUCACUCCGAUCAAACCUAAAACAUUUCCACAUUCUGCGAUGCCAAGCACACGACCACGUUCCGCGGAGAUCAUGUCAAGGUCAAUGAUUCCACAGUUGGAUGGAUUAUCGAUGGGUUUGCAGAACCGUCGAGGGAUGGGGAUGUCGAUGGACAUGGGUAUGAUGUCACGAUCAUUCGCAGGUUUUCAUCUCAACGCUACACCUGGGAAACGAAACAUGAUGAAUACAUCGGUGGAUAAGUUAUUCGACGAAGCAACAUAUGAUAUGUCAUCUAGUAUCAGCAUUGCAAGUAGUGCACCAAGUUUUGCAGAGACACCACGUAGGGGAUCCCCACCUCCACCUCUUGCACCGAGCCCCGGCCUAACCUCCACGCCAGCUAUAAUGACAAGUCGGGACCGUGCACUGAAUGAUGGAGACGCUGUGAUGACCCCGCCUAGGUCCGGAUCGCCACACCAGAGCAUCACAGGCAGUAUGAAAAGUUCUGAUUCCCGAGAUUCCGAAUUAUACCGAGAAUAUACUCGUCAAAAACAACGAUUCCAGAAGGAGAUGCAGGAGAAGGAAAAACAACGACUUGAGUACGAAAGGCAGUUAUACGAAACAGAUAAACAACGCUACUAUGAGGCGGACAAUCGGUACAUCGAAGACCCAUAUGGCCCAGGCAGAACCAGGCCAACGCCAACAGGACAAAACUCGAAACUUGAUAAUUCUGAUUCUACGAGCAGUACUCCCAAACCUGGGCCACAGAACACGACACCCCAACCCCAGGGGUCACCUAUCUUCACAGACACCAAUCAAGGACAGAAGCCGCUGCGGAGUGCCCUCAGACAAAGUGGAGAUAUGAAUCGUAACAUCAAUGACCCGACGAGAAUUCCCCCUAAACCUCUCCAUGACGACAACCGGAGCCUCAACAACUCGAGUAUGCAGUCACCAAGGGACAUACAAGACCUGUUUAGAAAUCAACAUUUUGCGUUAGACGAAGUGACGCCACUGUCAAGAACGAAGUUGGCAGAUACCCUCUUGCAUCAGUUCAUGCAUAAAAGUCAGGAAGGCAACAAACCACGGUUCUUGCCAGUGACGACCCUCGAGGAUCAACAGGCUAUCCGAUCGGUGGCGUUUCACCCCGAAGGAACGUACUAUGCCAUCGGAUCAAAUUCCAAGAUUCUUCGAAUUUGUGCAUUCCCAAAUGUAGCAGAGCUAAAGGAUGACCAUGUGACGGAGGAACCGCAGGUGAUGUUCAAACGAGGCAAACACCAUAAGGGGUCCAUCUAUUGUUGUGCAUGGAGUCCCAUGGGUGAUUUUGUGGCAACCGGCUCCAACGAUAAGACCAUCAAGAUGUUGAGGUUCAACAACGACAACUUUGCGACUGUCGCAUCAGAGCUGGAACUGAACCACCACGAUGGCACCGUACGAGAUCUGGUCUUCAUGCAAGACUCGAGUAACCGGUCAUCCCUGUUGAUCAGUGGAGGAGCGGGUGAUUGUAAAAUAUAUAUCACAGACUGUGAGACUGGCACACCGAUACGGGUCGUAUCGGGACAUUCGGGUCACAUCUACUCCCUACACACAUGGGGUGGCUGUAUGUUUGUGAGUGGAUCGCAGGAUAAGACAGCAAGAUUCUGGGAUCUGCGAGCGUCGGCUGCCAUCAGCGUUGUUCAGAGUCCUAGUCCUGGGAGUGCAUUUGCGUCUGUGUGUGUGGAUCCAUCAGGACGUCUGCUCGCGUCAGGGCAGGAAGAUUCCUCGUGUAUGCUGUAUGACAUCCGAGGCGGUCGAGUCGUUCAAACAUUCAAACCUCACACGGGUGACGUCAGAUCAGCACGAUUUUCUCCGAACGCUUACUACUUAUUGACAGGAUCUUACGAUCAGAAUAUAUCACUCACAGAUUUACAUGGAGAUCUUAUGCAGCCUCUGCCUAAGGUCAUUGUCGCCGAACAUACCGACAAGGUGAUACAAUGUCGGUGGCAUCCUCAUCAGCUUGCCUUCGUCAGUACGAGCGCCGAUAAGACGGCCACAUGUUGGGCUCUCCCUGUAGUCUGAGAGAGUGGCUGCUAGAUUUGAGACGUCAUUUUCUUGUGGAGCCAAACAACAGCAUGGUGCUAGGAGGGUGUGAUGUGCAUGUCGAAGCAUUCAGAAACGAAAUUAAGUGGUCCACGUUGGCAUGUGAUAUCCAUACUAAUUGUCGGGAUUGUCGUGUUGUGACGUUACAUUGGUUCCUAGCUGCCCCCUUGUGGACAAACCUAGAACCAUUGUACAUAAAUGUGACUUCUGUUUAUGUGCAGUUGUUAUGUGGUCUCAUACUAGUCAGUGUUUUGUACAUAACCUUACACUCCUACAUAUUCAAUAAUGGAUAAGUCUGUGUUGGAUGACACCUUAAUUGGAAGUGGCUUUUUGCGAGUUUGACCAUGGAGUGGUGAUGAUUCUCAGUGGACAGGUUUCAAAGAACAUGUAUGUGAUUUUCCUGGAACUACCACAUUUAUACAUGUGCAUGUAUGUGAGCUUAAUACAGAUGUUAUAUUAUAACACCACAUUACUAUAUAAACACAUAUUCAGCACUCUGAUAUGUAUAUACAUGUACAUUAAUGGUAAAUUAUUGACUUCAUUCCAUCCAUUCAAUCAUUGUCAGAGGGAGAGGGGCUAAAAAAGUAAAGUUGAACACUUUUGUCUUUUCUAGAUUCAGUCAUUUAUAUUCUGGGGCAAAACUGAAGUAUUGGAAACACCUUUAAAGGGGGACUAUAGACAGGGCAAGGGGGUCAAAUUGGUCGCCUCCAGGACUGGGUCUGGUUGGACUUCGUAAAAAUAUAUUCCUUGUACAUGCGUGAAUAGUGCCGAUGUACCAUGAGAUAGUAGAGACGCCUAUUGGCAACUUCAUGUAACUUUAUCUGGUCCACCUGGCACCUGCCUAUGUCUCCUUUUAAUCCUAUAUUGGUUCAAUAUGUAUUCAGACUUCAUCUGAAGUUGUUUGAACUCCUGUGGGUUAUUUCAAAAUAUUAUCAUUACCUCAUCACCACUGUAAUGUUUUGAAUUGAACAAAACGUGCUACUAUAUGUAUAAAUAUUGAAAUUUGGUUUUGAGAACUGUUGGUGAAUAUACUUACUCUCUAACUACAUGUAGUUGUUCAUAUAGUAUGCAGAUUAUAUAUUGUGCAAGGUAUGUGAAGGGAUUAGUUCUUACAGCAAACAAUCAUCGAAGCUGGGAACAUUGCCAAAUGUAGUUGAUUCUGUCAUAGAUUAGUCUUUAUCAUUUGUACUCAGGUGGGAGAAAGUUACAAUUCUGUCAGUGACAAUCUGUAGUACCGGUAGUCUAGAAGAGCUAAGUUUGCCAUUUUCAGAAAUUAGUGUUCUUAAGUCACGAUCGAAGUAUGCUAAGACAUGACUUCGUAUUUCAAUAUUCCUGACUUGUGUUGUGGAGUAUGGCACUGCUAGUUCUUAAACUACUUUCGAGAAGGCUGGCAUCCUUAGGAAGUCAAGGGACAGCUUUUUGGACUCAUACUCUCAAAUGUGCACCGAUCCUUAGGUAUUUUCAAUUCAUAAUAAUGUCUACAAUUACCUCUGUUCUUUGGAAUUGCAUUAUUGAUGACUGCAUGUGUAUGUUACAAUAUGCCAUGUAGUUUUAAUACUCUUCAAAUUUAAUUCAAAUUGCCAUACAAAGUAAAUAAUGUGUGUGUCUGUGCUGUGUUAUAUUGCUGAGGGAUAAAACUGUUAGACCACAUGAUAACAAAACUGCAAACCUGGAAAUUCCUGUGGCUUUAAAAUGAACCUGUAAGCAUCUCCAAUGUCCAAUUAAGAUGUUGUAUACAAUGUUGCUUUUAUGUGGAGCUUCUAGUGCAUUGAUAUGCUUGUCUUUGUAUUGCGAGAGGGGGAUUUUUAUGUUUCUUGAAGAUAUUGAACCUUUUUUGUAAUCGAUCAUUUUGAAAUGCCGGCAUUUUGAUCAAAGACAUUGUAAAAACAUUUUUUUGUUUUGGAGGUGUUUAUUGUCAUUCUGAUUCAGAAAAUAAUCGAAUGAUUAUCGAUGACUCAAAAAUGUGAUAGAAUGUGAAAGUUGUCCAUAGUUGUACAUACAGAUAUAUCUCGUGGUGAACUUUGUCAUUGUAAUUUAUGAGUAUUAGUUCAAGUAUACCAGGUAAUAUCAUAUUCUUUUGACAAAGUGACAAAAUCAUCUAAAAUUACACUUUCUAAUCUCGUUGAACUUCAGAAAGGAAAUAGAAAAUGAAAGUGAGUAGGCCCAUGUUCAGUUUUAUGAUAGUUGGUGGUGAUAGUACAGGUAUGCCUAACAAUAUUUUGGACAAACACUUGUCUGAUUGAGAGAGACACUGAGAGAAUUUAUGUAGGGCAAUGCUCACUUUGAUAACACUUGACUCGCAGUGCAGAAGUGCUGAUAUUUGAUGGGCGUACUCCAUGCAUUUGGAAACUAUAGAAUUUUAAAAAUCUAACCAGUUUGUAUUAUGGCAGGUCAAUUUAAUUCUCUACCAAGUUAUGUUGAAAUAUGUUUGUAAUUAGUUUGAGAGAAAUUAUCUCUUUUGACGUAGUAUUUAUUUGGAGAGUACAUUAUAUGUUAUUUAUUCCUUUCUAAGCCUCCCUAACUUUGUAUAUUAUUUUUGACUCAGUUGGUAAUUAUGUACAUGAUCAUGGAAUUCAUUUAUGAUUUUAUGCAGGGAAAUCUGGUUGCAAAACAAGCCUAAUUUGAACAAAUUUAGUGAGUCUGAAUCUGCCUUAAAUGGCCUACGGUAUUUGCGUUUUUGUCUGGUACGUAUUUACAUAAUCAAAAAUCUCAUAUUCAAUUUCAAAUUUUGAACUAACAGCGUAGACACAGUUGGUCUUGUUACCAAAUUUCUGCUGUAUUCGAUUCAACAGUAGUAAUUAGUUAUAAUAAUUUUUGCCAUAACUUUUUGUAUUUAGGUCAUCAGUAAUAGUAGAGAUAUGUGAGAUUAAUCAUAAUAGCUAGGGAAGGUAUCAAAAUGGUGGUGACGGGCUGUGGUGCUACUAUGUGUGGGACAUUGCUGUGGCUUUCAAUUUCUGUCUUCUAGGUCGUUGCAUUGACUGUUUACUAAAGGAAUCGCCAAAGGCUCUCGUUGGAACAAAUUUUGAUUGUUAGGGAGGCAGUUUCAAUCAGUUGAUAGUGGAAUGUAAAAUAUGCCAGUUACCAAGCAAAAAUUGCUUUAAAAAGAUCAACUUCUGCUUUGAAUGUGUUGAAUUGAUGAUAUCAGGAUUGAAAAUCACUCAUAAGAUUUUGAACAAUUUCUUGGAGUAAUUUUUGAGUUAUAUUGCAGAUAGUUAUUGUAUUAUGUGCCAUCAAUGUUUAUGCCUUUCUUGCAGAUUGUAUAAAUCUUUGUCAGCUUUAUAAGGUCCAGUAAUCAUAUAAAAAAGUUUAUGAGGAUUUGAAUUUCAAAUUAUCCGAUGACAUACAUGUACGUAUAUCUCAUGUUUAAACUUUUGAAAAAGUGACUGUUAUUAUUCACAGUGUUUGAAAUGAUAAAGGUCUUGUAUUGAUGUGCUACUUUAUGCCAGACCUACAUGUACACAGUGUACAUGUGAACUUUUUGUAAUUGGGUCAUUUUGUUGAUAAAGCAGAUGUACUGGGCCUUUAAGUGUAGCCUUAGCUGUGACACAACUAGUGGCAGGAUGGUGUUGUAAUCCAAUUUGAAUUGUGAAACCAGUUUAAAAGACAGGCAUAAUCAAGAAAUGAUAAAGAUUAGUCUUUAUCAAUUCUUGAUAUAAUCUAUAAUGAAAAGUAUAAGUUGAAAGUCUGUAUUUUUCUAAGCGUUUAGUUUUCAUUCAGAAACAAGCAAUUCUUGCAGUGAGAUACACAAACUUUUAUCACAUGUAUUCGACAUUUCGGCAUCUAACUUAAGUUCUCUUCUGAUCAAGAUUUUAACAUUUUCAUAUAAAUGUACUCAAGUGUUUUAUAUGCAUGUGUUGUACUGGUAUGCAAGAGAUUCAAUUCUCUUCUUGACUCCCACUAAAAGAGAUUCUAGUUUCUCCUGAAUUGUAAAAUACAAAGCUAAAAAAGGUCGGCUCCUUUUCAAAUUCUUGAUUUAUAUUCGUGAUAAACAGCAUUUUCUUAACAACUUCAUCACUCAGGCUGUAGCUCAAUUGCCAUGUCCAAGAAUCUUGCAGUAGGUCAGGCACAUCUGCCAAUUCAGGAGCCUGAAAUAUUCUCAGAGUAAAAUAACUCCAAAUUAUCACCUUUCCUAAAAAUUGCCCAUUAAUUCGACCAUUGUAUCAAAAGAAACACUCAAAGCGUCUUGGUUGUCUUGAACACAAGCUUAUUAUGUUCCCCUUGGCGCCAUCUCACAGCCAUUAAAACAUGUAGGUGUCUGUAUAUUUGCUGCUGCUUAUGUAACUUGUAUAUAAUAAAGCUAUUGUAGAUAAAUGGGAA